CAAAACACAGUGUCAUGUUGAAUAUUGUCAGCUUCUGUCCAUCUGCUUUCUCAAAAUCCUAGCUUCUCUCUUGCAUGACGGGGAUGCUGAAGAAAGAGGAAAGACAAAUCCUGGCACAUGGCUCUGAAGUGAGUGGGAGAAAUUGGGUAAAUCCCCCCGGUUCAGGAAAAGACCGAGGCAAAAACUGACUUCAAGAUGUUUAGAAAUAACGAUGAUCAUAAGCUAAAUGUGGAAUCCUUAAUUAGAAACAUUAAUACAAUUUCUUUGGAGUUGAAGAAGAUGAAAGAGCUCACUUAUUUACUGCUUUGUGACCUUACUCUUCAUUUGAGUCAUCCUGUGAAGACAGAAGACUUAGUGGAAACAGAAAAAAACAACCUCCCGUUUGAAGAGUCUAAAAUAUCAGAUGUAUCCCUUGCUUCUGACAGUUUUUCUGUCUGAUUUCUUCUUUGUUUGUUGUGAUUAUUUAACUGUUUUCAUUGUUGAAUUAACAAAUAUCUGUGAAAAUUCAGUUUACUAAUAUAUUUAAUAUAAUUAAAAACAAAAUAAAAUAAUGUUAAGUUGUA